CUGGUCUAUUUUUCAGUGUAUCAAUCUCCAGCAGAGUUCGAAAAAGAAAUCCGACAGAAAGAAAAAUCAUGGGGCAUUUCGGGAAACGAUGCGUUACAGAUUCAAUAUGGCCACUACGGUUUCAAGCCCAUCUCCUCCUUUUCGAAGGCCCUCCUUUUAUCGAUUCUAGGCUUGGGGAUAGUGUUCCAGUUGUUCCUCGCAUGGAGCAUCAAGCGUGGUAAUCUACCAACAUGGCUGUUUGAGACAAGGUCCUUGACGCAGUCUCCUGCGGACAAUCGCAAGUCAAAUGCAGAUGGGUUGGAUGCGUCGAGGUCAACCACCUGGAGAGAAGAACAUUCUGAUGACCGUUCUGACAACAGUCGAUACACUGGAAGCAAUCCUUUCUUUUGGGAUCCAUUUUCUGGGUUUAACACAAUCAAACCUGUUACCACUGAUGUCAAAUUUAAGGUACGUAUCACCGCGCGUUUCCUCGCCUCAGGUUGCAUGAGUUAA